UCAUGUUUUGGUAUUCCUUAUAUUUUUAUUGCUUAUACAAGAUCCACACGGAGGACCAGAGCAUACUUCGAACUUUGUACAAUACAAAGUUACAACAUUACGGAGAUGAAGUUGAGAGAUUUACGAACAACAUGUUCAUUUUAUAUGCUAUAUGGAAGGUUCCAUUUGAUUUGAGCGGUAGCACAGUCGAUAUGCAAGUGAUAGUUGACAUCGAUAGAGCCUUGAAAGCAUUUGGCGAAGAUGCGUAUUGUUCGAGACAUUGGCGCUUGGUCUCCAUCGUUUGUCUUGCACAGAUUUUUAUCAGUGUAACUCGAAUUUUCAGUGUUUGGAUGUCACUUCUUACUUUAGGCUCAAAAAUGCCAAUCGAGAAAGUAUUCCAAAUGGUUUUUACCGAUUCUAUUGUUUUCAUAAUAAUGACACAAUACUGUUCUUACUUGUUGAUUUUGCGAAGAAGAUAUAGAAUUCUGAAUAAAGUACUGAAUUCUGUAAAACGGAAUAAUGUCACAGAGUUUUCCGUAAUCGGUUUCAAGGAUCAAAGAUUUGCCGAUAAACCAUUUCUAGUACAAGAAAAGCAUGUUUCUAAAAAGAUCACGGCUUGUGCAAAGAUUUAUAGCAUGUUAUAUAAGGCUACAGAAACUGCCAAUGAGAAAUUCGGUUUUGUCAUAUUGUUGACGAUGAUGAUGACUCUGCUACAGAUCAUUUUGUACUUGUAUUAUUUUAUGGAAGCAACUGCCUCUGGAUUAUUCCAUGAUUUCCAAAAUUAUCUAGAUUUUUUAAUUUACGUUUUUUGGCAAAUCGGAUAUGCCUUAAGUAUUAUAUAUGUGUGCGUUUAUUUUAGUGAUGCCACUGUAAAAGAGGCUCGGGUUACCCCACACGUAGCACAUGAAAUUAUAAACAGUGGUGUAGACUCUACUGUUACAUCAGAGGCAGUUCAUUUAUCGCUACAAAUUCUACACCAAAUACCAACAUUUACAGCGCAUGGCUUAUUCAAACUGGAUUGUAUGAUGUUGUUGGAAGGUGCUCGUUCUGUAACUACUUUUCUCGUGAUUCUGCUGCAGUUCGUUACGGACAAACAUUCCAAUUAA